AUGAACGAAACACCAAAGAAGUCACCUUUCAAGGAUCUCAAAUCAGUCUUUGGAAAGAAGUCAAGAAAGAAAGUGGGAGAGUCAAGUACAUCAUCAAAGGACAAAAGCAAGGUAGAAGGCUUUGAUCAAAUAUCUAACCCACAAGAAUUCAAGUACGAAUCCGAGCUUGAAUUUGCAUUAGAAAGAAGUGAACGCGGAGACGAGCCAGAAAGCGAAGUGGCAAAUAUUGCGGAUAUGUCCACGGGAGCAUACAAGAAGCGGAUAAGAGACGAUGCGUUACACAUUGCGGACUAUUUCAAUAUCCCAAAUGUUCCAAGAGAGACUAUGUUGUUAAGGAUGCUUCCCGUUACUUUUAAAGAAGCUGCAAGAGAUUGGUUGAAAGCACUUCCACCCGGUGCGAUUACUUCUUGGGCACAGAUGCAUGAGCAAUUCUUGGAACAAUUCUGCCCACCAUCAAAAAUAUCUAAACUCAAGAAGGCAAUAGCCGACUUUGAGAAAAAUUUGGGUGAAUCACUUUAUGAGGCAUGGGAGCGUUAUAAGGAGUUGCUAAGGAAUUGUCCUCAAAGUGACCUCAACAUACAACAAGAAGUAUCUAUCUUUUAUGACGGGGUGAAUGUCAUGACAAGGCAACUCCUUUAUUCUCAAGGGAUACUUACUAAGAAAAAUAUGGGUGAAGUAAAGGAGUUGAUUGAAGAGUUCUCAAAGCAUUCUCGUGAGUACCACUAUCCAAGAAAUGAAGGAGCAAAAGGAAUUAGGGGAGGCAAAUCUGAAGACAUGGUUGUUGUACUAGCUAUGUUUGACAUCAUGGAUAGAAGAAUGACCAAGGUGGACCAGUCAAUUCAUGCUAUUAGAGUUGGAUGUGAAAGAUGCAAUGAUCCACACUUGACAAAAGAAUGCAACUUAGAUAAACAAGGAAAUAAAAGGCUCAAAUUUACAGGUCGAGGCUUCUACCAAAAGGAACAACCACCAGCCGAAAAGAAAGUUGAUUUAGAAAAUGUGUUAGCUCGUUUUAUGGAGGUUUCUGGAAAAAGGAAUGAUGAAACGGAUGCAGUGAUAAGGGAACAUUAUAAUAUCAUGAAGGAACAACAAGCUUUGCUAAGAAAUCACCAAGCAUCGAUCCAUAACAUUGAAGUCCAACUAGGUCAACUAACUACUCUCGUACAAGAUAAGUUAUCUCCAAAAAUCCCCGAGAAAAAACCUCAUUCGCAAGUCAUGAUGAUUGAAACUGAAGAAGAGGCUAUUUCUGAGUUCCUAGAAGCACUAGAAGUAGAGCCACAACCGUCCAAAGCAAAGCCAAAAAAGUCAAAAGUCGAAGAAAUUUUUUUUGCUGAAACACCAAACUCAUGA